AUGCCACCCGCCACACGGACUUCGGUUGUAGGAUCGAGGGUGCAAAAGACAACCCCUAACAAAAGCAUAUUUGAGAAGUUUAAGCUUAAUGAUGUGCUCUCAGACAAUGGAAGUUCCUCGAGUCUACAGCACGUUGACAUCUCCGCUAGUGAUCAAGAACAGCGCGAUGACACACCUAUGCAGUCUCCUGUGACGGACGCGCCUCCGCAGCCCUCUCCGGCCUUGCAAGGCGACAAAGGCGUGAUUGUUGCCAAGGAAAAGGAAUACUGUCUCGUCCGCUUUCCUCACUCGCUAAAACAUAUGGCUUACGAAGAUGCCAGUCUGCAAAAGAAGUACCGCGACAGCUUCGCCUCGAAGGUUCAAUCCGUGCUCACCACUGAUAAGUAUGGUAAGAGCAACUGGCGUACCUCAGAAAUAACUCUCGGUGAAUGUGAAGAGGGAGAGAACGGGGCGUAUAGGAUUUCCCGGACCAACGCAUUAAAAUUGUUGAAGCAGGGUCUGGAGGAGCACGAGAAGAAGGCCCGCACACUGGGUCCGUCUCAGGGCACUUCCGCGUUGCCCGCAGAGUCUCUGAAGACCCAACACGACAACGUCCAAGAUCUGACAGAACAGAACAAUGAUCAGAACGACGAAAUAACUAUGCUAUCUCCUGUAGUGGAGACGCCCCCGCAGCCAUCUCCGGCCGUACCAGGCGCGAGAGGCGCAAUACUCAGGAAGGAAAACAACAAUUGUCUCGUCUACUUUAGCAAUAAGCUAAAACACAUGGAUUACCAAAAGGCUAAGGAUGAACUCCACCAUGACAACGUCAAUAAAGACACUGCAAAACUCCACUGUAAAGAUGACGAGGUUGAUCUAAUAGCUUUGAAGACGAAGGAGGAGGAUGUCAGCGCGUUUUACUCAAAGAUCGAUUCCGUUUUUACCAGCCAGCGAUAUCAUCCCAAACGGCGCAGCACAGCAAUCAAGCUUAAAGGAGACGAAAGGGUGUACAUAUGGUCAGCCCAUAAGGCGUAA